GCAGCUCCGGCAUGUAUUUAAGUUUUACUGUUUUUAGAAACGCGUGUCCUGUCUUCUAAGAUUCGUUAUUCGAAGUAGAAAAAUGUUUCUAGGAAGCCAAGAGGCUUUUAAUUUUUGUAUUUAGACAUUCAUGAAUAGGUUGUGCAUCUUGGGUGAACAUUUUGGAGGAAGUUUAUUGAUGCACUUAAAUUUAGGGUUUAACAUAUGCCAACCAGACCCAGAAAAAGAAAGAACAUCUGAAAAAUACAUAUCAAUUAUCAAUCAAAAUGACAAACGUAAUGUGUGCACAUUCAGAACCAGUAGUUUUGGAGAAGCCUAAAGCAAGCCGGGAGAAAUGUUAUGUUUGCUCUUUUGACGAUUGCACUGCUUCGUUUUCCAGGCCUUGCCAGUUGGAAACUCAUUUAAGAGCACACACUGGAGAGAGGCCUUUUAUAUGUACAUACGACGACUGCUACAGCUGCUAUACUCGAGUUGAUCAUUUGAAACGACACAUUGCAAAAUGUCACGAAGCCAAAAUUGUCAAUACAUUUACCUGUGAAUACGAGCAGUGUGGAAAAGUACUUUCUUCAAUACACAGCUUGGAAAGACACAUGAAGACGCAUGAGAAAAGAUCAUAUAAAUGUCCUACUUGUAAAAAGGCUUUUCUAAAACAUCAACACCUGAAAAUUCACAGUUUUGAGCACACAGGAAUAAAACCUUUUCAUUGUGUUCAUGAUGGAUGCGGAAGAACUUUUGUUCUACCCAGUAAACUCAAAUCACACAUGAAAAGUCAUAAAGGGUAUACCUGUGAUUCCCCUGGGUGUGAGGAGAAUUUUUCCAAAUGGACACACUUCAGAAGGCACAAAAAGCUCUGUCAUCCCCAGAAACAUGAAUGUGAAGUGUGUCAGCGAAGGUUUUUCACCAAAUCCAACUUACGUGCUCAUGCUGAGACGCACAAGACUGACCGUGAGAUAUUUUGCUGUCCACACGAAGGGUGUUCUUUUUCAUACUUCCAGGAAAAGAACCUUCGGGCACACGUUACUAGCUAUCAUGAGAAGAAACGCCAUGCGUGUACUAUAGAGGGAUGCGAAAGAACUUUUAUUAGUAAGGGAGGAUUGAAGAAGCACAUCAAACUACAUGAAUUGGGCCGUUCCUUUCCACCAAAGAAUCGAAAUAAAAGAAAAAAAAGAUUGGAAAAAAGAAGAAAACUUUGGCAUCUAUUCUAUCUGGAUACACAGUCGUUGAGGAGGAAGACGAAUGACUUAGUGUUCCAAACACUUCAAUAACUGAACAGCUUCAAGUUUCUUCACAUAGUGUUCAUGAGCAGCAUCACAAUAAUGAGCACUAUUAAAUGAAAAGUUGCUGAUGCCAGAUGACCAACUUGUUUUGUUUGUGACCAUUAACAGAAGUUGCUCAAUAAAUACAUGCAGUUGGCAAGAUGGAGGGGCUACCAUUUAUAAUUUCCCAUCUAAUGGUACUUAUUAAUGUAUGUUAUGAUAAAGACAAGACGUCAAAUAACUAUUUUUUCUUUUGUUGUCAAAUUCUUACAAAGAAUCACAUUUUGUUAAAGGGUAACUCGAAAUUUGUUCAACUAUCGUGAUAUCUUGUGUAAAUAGUAAUUCUAGUACCAGGUAAAUUCCAGCCUAUAAUAUAAUAUUGGUGUGAUAAUUCGGCUAUAAUGUCCACAUUAUUUUAUAUACAUUUACAUAACUUAAGACAUUUGUUAAAAUUUCAGAUUUAUAAAAUGACUUAUUUCUUG